AUGAGCUCCCCAGAUGAUGAGGUGUUUGUUUGGGGAGGGGGUUCUGGCUCAGAGUGUGGGGGGCAGACCAGCGGCCUUGAGGCUGGCUCCCCAGCCCCGCGGGGACCCGGCCCCGACCCCGGCCCCGAGCCGGGGGCACCGCGAAGCGGCGAGGGUGAGGGCGGGGAUGGCUUCCCAGACUCUGAGGGCUUCGAGUUGGAGCGGGCGGUGCUGGAAGCGGGAGGGCCGGUGCUGUUGGGCUGCGAAGGCCGGCCUGGUUCCCCGGCCGACGGCACGGGGUACGCCGUGCAGCUGUCUGACGAGUCAGUGGCGGCCAUCCUGCAGCAGCUGGCCGACCUGGACUUGCUGGGCAUCCGCAGACACAUGUCCCCGGAGAGAUACGCGGUCGGCGAAGUGCCUGCCUUGUGGGACCUCGAGGCGCGUCCCAGCACUCGAGGCGCGGCCGCCCAGAGGUGUGGGGAAGCGGCACAGGCUGAGGCCGGCCCUCUCUGCGUCGGCGGGCCCAGGGCAGGCCGGGCCUGGGGGAACCCUAAGAGAGGCACUAAGAGUAGGUUGAACAUGGCUGUGGAUCGCCAGUGGCCCCCCUCAGGAAGCCUAGCCGGGCUGCUCUCCGACUCCGAGUCCUCGGAUGAGUGCAGUGAGAUACAGCCUAUGAGAGUGAGCAUUUAUCCCAAAGACGGAGGCCAGGCCAAGCUGAACAGCCCCAAGGAUCCCGGGGACACACCCAGACACUCGAAUGUCCCAGGCAGGGAGAAUCUCCUUGACGUGCCAGGCACUUGCCUGUCCUCAGCUCGGCGAGGAUUGAUUUCGGUUGUGGAAAGGCAGGGCAGGCAGGGCGAUGCAGACCAGGAGGACAUCUCACCCCCUAAGAAAAUGCAGAGCGUGCUCCGGGGGAAGGGGGGCAGCCUGCCCAGCUACCCGGGAGUAGCAGCAGCAGCAGCUCCUGCAGCUGCCACUACAGCCAGGCUGCCGCGGCCCAGUCCUAGGAGGAAGAGGGUCCAGGAGAAGAAAUCCUCUGGGGGCGUCUCCAAACCUGCCCUGGGGAGAACCUUCCCUUCCUGGGGGCGGGGAAUCUCGGCCACUCCCCUGGAUCCGGCCACCUUCCCCCCAAUCUUCGGCAUCCCGCUGCUUGGGAGGUCCAAGAAGUAUGCCUUGGUCCCUUGGGGAGCCAAAGAGUCCAAGCACACCGGCGCUGGGAAGAAGCCCGUGGCUAGGCGGGCCCGGGAGUCGGUGGCAGCAGUGGCGGCGUCGGGAGAAGACAACGACCCAAACAGAGACCCAGUCACAAAGGGCCAACUAACCACUGACAGGCCGCGGCCAUCUUGUUCACGGGUGCAUCGUGGAGAACCCAGCAGCGCCAACCUCAGCAUCAGAGGUGGGCAGGACUCAGGAAACUCAGAGCCCGUGGCCAUGAACAAGGGAGAAGUCAUGCCCAGAGGGCCUGGCCCCUCAGGUGACCAGAGACCAGCCGACCGUCCCCCAAGACCGAAAAGGCAGCAGCAGCCACCUGGAAGGCAGGGCUGUCCUCGGUGUGUAGUGCUACAGAGAGAAAUAGACGACCUUAAGGAGCAACUAGCCUCCAUGCAGUACCUGGCUGAGACGUUCCAGAUCCUCUGA